UUUACUUCAGCUAUACAGAAGUUGCGGACGCAAAACUAUAAAAUAAUUUAAAAUUUAUUAAAAAAAAUAUAAUGUUGCGGUCACUUGUGGUAGCAGAAAAGUGUUGGAGCUUCAGGAGCUUCAUGCAAGGCAGGAACCUCAUGAAGGUGGCCAGUCAACAGGCACCCAUUGCCUGGAUGGCCUCUAGGCGUCACUAUUCUCCUGCUAUUCAUAUUCACCGAUCGGUGCCUAAUGAAUCUGGAACAAUGGCCGAAGUCAAACAGGGAAUGAUGAAGCGCUUGGGACUAGAACCUGGCUAUAACCCUCAACCCAAAUCCAGGGAACAUCUUUUAAAAUACCAACCCAAGCUGGAGGAUCUGCCGCCACGAGCAAUGGAGGAUUCGUUCACCUCGGCAAUCAUACCCUUAAGUACGGAUCGAACGCUGCAGGACAAGUAUGUCAGCUAUCAGGGCAAUGUGCGCAUGGGAAGGCUCCUUGAGGACAUGGAUCUCUUUGCUGCUUGGUGCUGCCACAAGCACUUGAAGUUGCCCAAUUUACCGGAGGGUGUGCAUCUGCCCUACACCUUUGUAACAAUUCUAGUGGACCGUAUUGACUUUACGGAUCUUCUUGCCGAUGGCACCCAGGACAUCCGCUUAUCUGGCCAUGUCUCGUGGGUUGGCACGAGCUCCAUCGAGGUGGUGGUCUGGCUGGAGCAGAUUGUUGGCGGAAAAUAUGAAAAACUGACACGAGCUUUGUUUUUGAUGGCCGCCAGGAAUGCCACCAAUACAGGCGCGGCCCCAGUGAAUCCCAUAAAUCCAGCCAAUGAGGAGGAGAAAGAGAUCCUGGCGGGUGGAGCAGACAGGAAGAAACGGCGCCAAACUCUGGUUGCUCAAUCGAUUUUCAAAGUCGAGCCCAACGAUCCGGAACAAACUCUUAUGUACGAACUGUACCAGAGGACUACUCCGACCAACACAUUGCAGCUCAACAAGCGCAUCCUGCCACCCAACUGCCAGUGGAUGGCGAACUCCUAUCAGAUGAGCACGAUUCCUUCGUUUCCAGAGCAUAGGAAUCACCACAAUCGGGUCUUUGGUGGCUUCCUAAUGCGCAGCGCCCUGGAGAUAAGCUGGGCAGCUGCAUUCCUCUACUGCAAAUCGCGUCCCAAACUGGAGCAUAUCUCGGAUAUCAGUUUCGAGAAGCCGGUCAGUGUGGACAGUUUCAUCAAGAUGACAGCCUACGUGGUGUAUACCAAGAAGAACUUCGUCCAAAUAAUGACCGUGGCUGAUGUCCUUGACCCUCAUUCGGGAAGCCAGGUGACGACCAACACCUUCUACUACACCUUCUCCUGUAAGGACAAUGUCACCGAGGUUCUGCCACGUUCCUACCAUGAAACCAUGUGGUACAUCCAGGGACGCCGCAAGUUCGAGGCCUGCAGACCUUCAAAAUAAAGAGAUA